AUGAAGCUGUCUACCAUCAUCGCUGGUACUUUCGCUGCCAUCGCCGCCGCUGCGCCGGCGCCGGCUCCUGAGGCUCAAGCCGAACCCGGAACGUCUGUUGCUUUGCCGGUCUUCGAGCGCGCCUCGUUUGAUGCUGGGAAGCUGAAUAAUCUGAACUUCAAGCAGCAGGAUCUGCGGUAUCUUUUCAAGAUGAACAGCCUGGAUCUCAACCUCCUUCAGGUUCUGGGUCGUCAGAACAACUUUAAUGUUCUUGCCUUUGCAAACGUCUUCAACAAUGACGCAUUCAACCUCAAUGCUCUCCUCCAGUUCCAGCAGCUGCAGACUAUUCUGGCUAUUGCCCAGACUGGCGUAUUCAACCAAUUCGACCUUGCUGGGUUGAACUUGGCCGGCCUUAACCUGGGCGUAAUCAAUGGCAUUGGCGCCUUUGAUAUUGCCAGCAUUGUCGACGUUGCUGUUAUUCCCCAGAUCCAAACUGUUGUGCAGACCAUCACACCCACUGUUAUCCUUACAUAG